AUGCCACCCGGUGGCCCUCUCGUUCCUUGUGCCCUAUGCAGCUUCACUAUUGGCAGCUACGACACCGAUCCCUCUGGCCCUGUCGCCUGGGCCAGUCAAUUCCGAAUCUUGUACAGAGGACAAGCCGAUGUCCAGAUCAGCGGCGUCGGGUUCCACGAUCCCUCUGAUCCCAGUGACUUCAAGACACCCCUGAAUCGCGAGUGUCGCUGGGAUAAUAGGGGGCCGCAUGCGGCGGAAAGCGUGCGCAUCGGCGUGCUUGGCCAGGCUCCAGUCAACCGUCUACACGGCUUCCCGUUGCACGAAGCUUGCUGGUCUCUGUUGGACCAGACCUCUUGUCCUCAGCCGGUGUCGUUGGGCCGUCUCUUUGGCCUUUUUGAAUCGCUGACUUUUCCACUUGAAAAUGUCUUUUGGCUUCUAAAUUCUGGUUUUCAAGAUGGCGCUUUUCUUCAUAAAAACCACAAAGACCACUAUCCCUGGGAGGGCCAUUUCGAAUAUCUUUCUAAAGAUUCUGAAUUAUGGCACAUUGCUAGUCAAGAUCCCUGCAGGGUUUCGGAGAUCAAGCGGCUUCUUACCAAACAGAAAGGGCGUCCGCAAUGGGCUAGCAGAGCUAUUCCGUACCGCCAACCCGCUGCUAAUGAUUGCUUUGCCCUUCUUCCUGAGACGCUGUGCCUCACCAUUGCGUCUCUAUUGCCGACGGUAGAUGUUUUGAGGGCCCGCCAAGCCUCUCGGGGCUUUGUUUCGGUCUACUACAACAAGCACUUCUGGAGGUCUAGGUUUUCGGCAGCCGGCGAACGCUCUUGGCUCUUUGAGUCCCAAAAAUGGGGUCCCAGUUUGGACUGGCGCAGUAUAUAUCGUCGUACAACUAGAAGACAGUGUAGCCCAGGCCUGCGGAAUAGGGCAAGAAUUAUGAGUUUGAUCCAGCAGGUCUUGGAAGUUCUGUCAUCAAAAUGGAACGAGGCACCAAGCUCACCUACACCAUACCAGGGAACUGCGAAAUGGCUUGAGGCCAAUGCCAACCUAAAUGAAAGCAUCCUCGUGGCCGGGCUCGCCAAAUGCUGUCGCCAGAUUCAAGAGAUAGAAGCAAGCUUGCCAACUGCGCCUUAUCAGUUGGCAAUCUCUACUACGCGGCUUGACAAUGUUCAGUAUAUAGCUGGCAUCCGAAUACUACGCCGAAGCCCAGACAGAGAUGCGUGUCUGGGCUUCAGCACGCAUGGACAAGAGAUAUAUCUGGACAUUACAGAACCUAUCUUAGGGUUCAAUUUGGCGGCAGGAGCCACUGGUAUUCAAGCUAUACAGUGUGUGUUAAAGAAUGGGAAAACGUUGGGAUGGAUCGGGAACCCAUCUGAUCUCCCAAAGACACAGCGACUCGUGGUGUCUACCUCAAUAAAGUCUAUCAAAGCCGGAUUUGACAGCUUCAAAAUGGUCAGCCUGGCAAUCACGGAGCACAGCGGCCCUCUUUCCGGAGAAAAAACUACCGGCAAGGUCUCAUUGAGGCAUUCAGCUUUUUGGUACCCUCGAAUGCCUUACAACGGCUUAAAUCUUAAUGACGAUUAUUUUACUGCAGCAGAAUCAUGCAAUACGAGAUACCGACCCCUCUGCUGGACCGAAUUUGGUGGUCGCAAUGGAUCGCAUCUUCGUAGCGUAACGGGCGUGUCUGUGACAUGUUUCGCAGCAAUCCGUGGCAUCAGAUUUCACUAUGCAAUACAUACUCCACAGAAGAUGGGCAGAGUAGGAAAAUACAAGGCUGGGCCGCACGACAGCGUCAUGCACUUUUCUAUUGAUGGGCCUGGUGGAGAAAUAAUCGACACCAUCGAAGUAUUUCUUCAACUUCGCAGUAACGAUAAGAUGAGAAUGGUCUACAUGGGGGACGUGCUCGUAGCUUUCAGGGCAAGUUUCAUCGUUUGA